AAAAUGGAGCGUCGUCAGCCUAUACUAGACCAGUCGCAUACAAAAGACAGGUUUAAAGGACGUGUUGCCGUGGUAACCGGGGGAGCCUCAGGUAUCGGUAAGGAGUGCGUCAAACGCUUCCUUAAUGACGGCGCGUCCGUGGCCUUUCUAGACACAAAUCAAGAAGCGGGCAAACUGCUAGAGGCGGAGCUGAAAGCGGCCGGAUUUGACGCCAUAUUUUACCAUGUUGACGUCUCGGACAGGGACGCAUGUUUCGGGGCCGCAAAAGACAUAGCAGGCAAGCAUGGCGGCUGCAUCCACGCUGUGGUAAACUGCGCUGCAAGUUUCCUGUUUAAAGGUUUAGAUGCGUCCAUGUCCGACUGGGGAAAGAUAAUGGGUGUGAACGUGGCGGGCUCUUCAAAUGUGGUACAGGCAUGUUAUCCUUUUUUGAAGAACGACGGACGGGAAACGCGCGCCAUAGUAAAUAUCGCCAGCAUAUCUGCCCAUUGCAGUCAGAAACAUCGAUGGACGUACAACAGUAGCAAAGGGGCGAUCUUGCAACUGACGAAAUGCAUGGCGCUUGACCUAAUUAAAGACGGAAUACGGGUCAACUCUGUUUCUCCUGGAAAUAUAUAUACCCCUGCAUUGUACGCUGUCGUUGGAAAUGACGAAACCCAAAGAGCGUGGCUCGACAGCACGCACAUGAUGAAUCGCAUCGGUGAAAGCUCAGAAAUUGCUGCCGCCGUUGUCUUCCUCUGCAGCAGAGACGCUUCCUUUAUCACUGGCGCUGAUCUCUCGGUAGAUGGCGGUUACACAGCGAUGGGACCUGAACGACACGGCCAAGACGGCCCUAAUUUUACCGCAGCCGUUCCGGAAUAAGAGCAACAGCAGAUGAACACGGUUGGGGCGUUGAGCAAACUAUGUUAUACCUUAUAUAAUAUUAAGUAUGCUGGAGAGUAAUUGUAUCAUCAUCUUGCAAUAAAUACGUUCAAAAUUUUCUGAAGUAAAAAAAUUUAGAGUAUUGUAAAGAAAAAAAUUCAAUUGCGUCUGUCUUUGUAGGUUUCGGAUAAUUUCAAAAUGCAAAUAAUCACAAGAAAACUGGUAGUUAGCCAUAGUCAACGUUACGCUUUUCAAUUGAUGCUUACCAGUAUUUGCGCAAACCGAAAUUUCUCGCCAGAUAUUUUCCGAGGAACUUGAGAGAAGAUAGCCACUGUUAAAUAUGUAUUUAAUGUGUCACUGGUUACGUUUUUCCGCAAUUCACCUUUUAUAUGAGAAAAAAUACGAACAAUAUGUUGUACUCCGGUUUAUUGCUGUCAAAUAUUUAUAAUAACCAAUUGCAGAAUUUUUCAUUCUUCAUGACAAGUUUUUACUUUAUAUCGUAUAUUAUAUUAUUUGAGUUAUGGUUGGUUAAGAAUGAAUGUAAUCCACUUAAUUUUGACACUACCUAUGGAAAACGAGUCACUGCCUCCUUUAGGUUAACUGGGCUUGGAGGACUGCGACAGUUUUAUCUUGGGUCAAAAUGGGGUAAAUUUUCUGGUCUUAUAAGUAAAGAUCAAUAUUUGGCUUUAUUUCAUUUGUAAAUCCGACUUGCACAGUGACAGUAUCGUGUCCUAGACAACUUGUAUUGAAAACGAUAAAGAAACGAUAAUAUAAGUCCA